CAGGCGGGGCGGCCGGAGGCUUGCUUUCUCCGGGAACCUCCCGCCGCUCGCACGGACGGGGACGCGAGAGGGUGCACGCGAGGCCGAGAUGGCACGGGCGGGUUUCUAACCCGGCACGCGAGUUUGAGGGGGUCUACUUUCAGCACCUGGGUCAGUGCGAUUCCCGGAUCAGCAGUGUCAGCAUCACCGGAGAACCUCCUGGAAGUGUCUGUUCAUGAGCUCCAGGCCAGACCUUCUGAACCAGAAACUCUGGAUGUGCGGCUCAAGGCUGUAUUUCAACAGUCACUUCCAAGCGAUUCUAACCAUGACCCAUCCUGAGUCUCGGGGAUGCAGCAGGAGCAAAACAGAGUCGCUGGCAAUUAUGCUUCACAGACGUGGGGGAUGAGAAGGCCAACCAUUCUGCUUUAGUCCGCCUGUUUUUAGUUCCACUUCUCUACUUUGUGUCAUAUUUUUCUCCAAAUCCAGAUGCUCCCCAAGUUUUGCUGGGGAGCGCAGUUUCCAUCUGUGCUUCAGAGUCCACUGUUUAGGAAGUAGCUUUUUUUUUUAAAUUUUAUUUAUUUGACAGAGAGACACAGCGAGAGAGGGAACACAAGCAGGGGGAGUGGGAGAGGGAGAAGCAGGCUUCCUGUGAGCAGGGAGCCCAAUGUGGGUCCUGAGCCCAGGACUCCGGGAUCAUGACCUGAGCCAAAGGCAGACACUUAAUGACUGAGCCACCCAGGUGCCUCAGGAAGUAGCUUUAUUAGUCGAUAAUCUUUUAACACUUAAAACAAUUUUUAUUACUUAUUAAUUUUUUUGUGAGAGAGGGAGGGAGGAGGGGCAGAGGGAGAAUCUUUUUUUUUUUUUUUUUUUAGAUUUAUUUGAGAGAGAGAGAGAGAGAGAUGGGUCGGGGGAGACUCAGAGGGAGAGAGAAUCCUGAAGCAGAGUCCCCACUGAGCGCAGAAUCCAGGGCUCCAUCCCAGGACUUCAAGAUCAUGACCUGAGCUGAAAUCAAGAGUCAGCUGCUCAAACGGCUGAGCCACCCAGGCGCCCCUAAAACAGUUUUUUUUUAUAACUGCCAUACAUCUGGGGCUCUUACUAGUUUGGUACCUUUUAAAAUUUCUGUUCAUGCUUAACGGUUAUGUGGAUUAUUUAAGUCGGGCAAAACCAGGGUGCAAGCCAGGGGCUUAUUGUUACUGAGGGGAAAAGCUUUCAUUUCCAUCCUGGGAGGUGUUACAUUUCUUCCUUGGGUAGUCCUUAACACUUGAUUGCUCAUUCUCCUUGUUAUGUGACAUUGCUUAAAGUACCCCUCAGUUUCAUAGCUGUUUCUUCUGGAAUGGGGACAACUGUGAUGCACUUGAGUGCAUGCCCCUUUUCAAGGAUGUUGCUGCUGUCUGCUAUAGCCAGUUGUUACUGAUGUAGUUUUUUAAUGUAGGUGGGGUCCACAGCUGACUGCCAGACAUCUUUGGUACAAAAAGGUGAUUUUAUUAAAGCCCGGGACAGGACCCGUGGGCAGAAAGAGCUGCUGCAUCAGGGCUAUGAGGGGUGACUGAUUAUAUACAUGGGAGUUGGGGGAGGUAAGGAAAAGGGAGGUUUUCAAAAGAACUUUCGCGGGGUGCCUGGGUGGCUCAGUCGGCUGGGCAUCUGCCUUCGGCUUGGGUCAUAGUCCCAGGGUCCUGGGUUCGAGCCCUACAUCGAGCAUGCUUCUCCCUCUCCUUUUGUGCUCUGCCUUGCUCUGGCUCUCUCUCUCCCCGUCAAAUAAAUAAAUAAAAUCUUUAAAAAAAAAAGUAAUUGACCUCGCAGAUCUUUAAAAAAAAACAAACAACUUUCGAAUGCCUAAGAGGACCUACAAGAUACUGGAGGCAUUGCCAUUGUCAAGUUAAGGUUGUUUUUUCCUCUAGCAAGGCAUUACUGUUGAGACAAUUGGGAGUUUCCUUCCAGAAGUUAGGUUAUUGAUAAGAAUGCUUUUCUCCUGUAAAUCACUAAGACAUUUGUAAAUUGAGGGAGACUCAUGUCUUGUAGGACUUUAAUCUCUAUAAAUAAACCAUUUGUUUUUCCUUCCCUUAGCUUUAGAGCGUCCAGGAGUGCUUGAGGAAUGUUACACGUAACCCACCUGGCGGUUGGGGGUGGGGGUUGCCGGCGUGUCAGCUUGUGCUUUGUCCUCAGCUUGCCUUCUGUUCCCUCAUCAGUUACCAGGAAGAAAUUUUGCCAAAUCAUAUUAAAAUAGGGCUGCCAUUAAGGAAAAUACACAUUGCCUGUUAAAUACAAAGGGAUUGUCUUCACUAUUCAUUAAGUGUUGUAAGAUUCUAAGAACUUUUACAACAAAAAGCCAGAAAUCCAAGUUGUUCACAUGUAUAAUCCUUUAUCUUUCACAAAAUUAUAAAUGAUCUCAGGACAAAUUGCGUUUAUUUUUUCUGCUUUUCUCCAAUUAUACAAUAAAACAAAAACAGCUAGGCUCUUACUGAUUACUCAGAAUUCUGAAAACUCCCAUUGCUACUACUUAUAUACACUGCUCUCCAUGGUGGGACUCAUUUCACUUGUUGAUCAGGGCCUUCGGGAGCAUGGGUGUUGGUUCUGCAGAUAUCUGUAUGUCGUUUCAGGGGUCAGUGACAUUCAGAGAUGUGGCCAUUGACUUCUCCCAGGAGGAGUGGGAAUGGCUCCAGCCUGCUCAGAGGGAUUUGUACAGACAUGUAAUGUUGGAGAACUAUGGCCACUUGGUCUCACUGGCAGGUCUUAACAUUUCUAAGCCAUAUGUGGUUUCCUUAUUGGAGCAAGGGAGAGAGCCCUGGCUGGAGAAAGGAGAUGUGAGAAGAGAUCUGUUUUCAGAGUCAAAUGGUGACAUCAAAGAGUUUUCUCCAAAAAAUGUCACAUAUGAAGAUGGCUCAUCCCAGUAUUUGGUAGUGGAAAGAAUUUUAAACCAAGACCCUGAAUAUUCCAGUUUUAAAGGAGGCUGGAAAUGCGAGGAAGAUACUCAGAUGCAAGGAAAUCAGGGAGGUAUCAGGCAAGUGACAGUCUCUCAUCAAGGAGCCCUGUCUCAGCAUAUGAGCAUCAAUACCGUGGAGAGGCCCUAUGGAUGUCAUGAAUGUGGAAAAACUUUCAGUCGGCGCUUUUCCCUUGUGUUACACCAGAGAACUCAUACUGGAGAGAAACCAUACGUAUGUAAGGAAUGUGGCAAAACCUUUAGCCAGAUCUCAAACCUUGUGAAACAUCAGAUGAUACAUACUGGAAAGAAACCCCAUGAGUGUAAGGACUGUAAUAAAACAUUCAGUUACCUCUCAUUCCUCAUUGAACACCAGAGAACACAUACUGGGGAGAAACCUUAUGAAUGUACUGAAUGUGGAAAGGCCUUUAGCCGUGCCUCAAACCUCACGCGCCAUCAGAGAAUUCACAUAGGAAAGAAACAGUAUAUUUGUAGGAAAUGUGGGAAAGCCUUUAGCAGUGGCUCAGAACUUAUUCGCCACCAGAUUACACAUACUGGAGAGAAACCUUAUGAAUGCAUUGAAUGUGGAAAGGCAUUUCGCCGUUCUUCACACCUUACUCGGCAUCAGAGCAUCCAUACUACCAAAACCCCCUACGAAUGUAAUGAAUGUAGGAAAGCCUUCCGUUGCCACUCAUUCCUUAUUAAACACCAGAGAAUUCAUGCUGGAGAAAAGCUCUAUGAGUGUGAUGAAUGUGGUAAGGUUUUCACAUGGCAUGCAUCCCUUAUGCAACAUAUGAAAAUUCAUACUGGAGAAAAGCCCUAUGCAUGUACUGAAUGUGAUAAAACCUUUAGUCGGAGCUUUUCCCUCAUUCUACAUCAGAUAACUCACACUGGGGAGAAACCCUAUGUAUGCAAGGUGUGCAAUAAGUCCUUCAGCUGGAGCUCAAACCUUGCCAAACAUCAGAGAACACACACCCUAGAGAACCCCUAUGAAUAUGAAAAUUCGUUUAGUUAUCACUCAUUCCUUACUGAGCACAAAGGAAUUCGCACUACAGAGAAAACCUAACAACGUAUGGAUUAAAAAACAAAACAAAACAGUUAAUGCCUUACUUUGGACCCCUGGAAAGAAGCCUUAAGUGAGUAUGUUGAAUGUGAAGAAGGUGGGUCAUACUUGAUUCAAUAUCCGGAAAAUAAUAACCCAGGAAUACGAUGGGAAGCCAUUAGUAGCCGCACAUUCUUUUUGUUACAUCAGAAGAUGAAAUCAGUACUGAGAAGACUUCAUCUGGUAGGAUUCCCUCACUCGACCUUUGUAAAUUCCUACCAGGGAAGGACACGUGGCCGAUAAACGUGAGAAAGCUUUUAUUUAGAAAUUGGUCCCCGUUCUGCAUCUGUCAGCUCAAACAGGACAGUGUGUGGGCAAGAGUGCACAUUUUCCUGGACAUCAGAAAAUUCAUAAUGAAACAAAGUCAUGCAAAUGCAAUGACUUGGCAAUGUCCUUGUGUACCAUGCAAUAUUUAUUAAGUUUGAAAAUACUCUUCUAAAGAGAAAAAGCAACCCUAUAAAUGAACUGAAUAGAGGGUUUUCUGCUUUAUUUCAGAACUGCAGAAUUAUACUGGGGAGAAAACUACUAUUGUAAGGAGUGUGGCAAAUCUUAAAAGAGUUCUGAGAAGUCCUACUGGAGGGAAUUUGUGGGCGUUUUUUUUGGGGGGGGGGAGUUAUUUUUGUUUUAAAGCAAACUCAGAAAAGAAAGCUACGAAUAAAUGUUUUUAGUUAAUCUG